AUGAACACGCGCGGCGUGUCUGUUCUGGGAAGCCUUGGGAUCGGCGUCGCGCGCAGCCCCUGCGUGCCUGCUCGGCCAUUAUUGCGAGCGCGAUCGGUAGUGGCGACGCCGAAGCGUUUCAAAACGACAACAUCCUUUUGGUCUACGAGCUACCCGGCUCCGGUUCAGGAUGCUGCUGCCGACAAAGUGCCCCCGCCUCCUCCGCUGCCGGCUCCGAGUGCAGUUACACAAGCCGAAGAGACGGAUCGGCAGCGUGCGCGCCGGCAGCAGAGAUACCUCGACAGUCUCAUGAAUAAGGCCGGCGAGGUUGGACUGCAGUCAGAGGAGGGAAAAUACAAGAAGAUGGACCUGUGUCGAGCCCACGACCUCGAUCCACGCGACCUGCGCAAGCUAGACUCUAUCACGCCCUCCCUCGUCCCCGUCAUCCUCACGACGCGGUCCUGUAUCCUCAUCUCGAUCCUGCACCUGAAGGCUUUGAUCAAGCCUGACCGCGUCAUCAUCUUCAACCCACCGGGGUACCAGGAGUCCGAGGCCGCUCGCCGGUUCAAGGAACACCUGCAGGAGAAUGUGCGCGCGGGUCUGAACUCGAACCACUGCGGAGAGGGAGAGGAAGAGAUGGGCCUGCCGUAUGAGCACCGCGCGCUGGAGAGUAUCCUGGUCGACACGGCGAACGCACUCGAGGAGGAAAUGGGCUUCAUCCGUCGCCUGGUCAAGAACCUCCUGCAAAAUCUCGAGACGGACAUUAACCGCGAGAACUUGCGCAAGCUGCUGCACUACUCUCGCCGACUGGCGGGAUUCCAGUCCCGCGCCAAGUCGAUCAAGUCGGCGUUUGACGAGCUGCUCGACUCCGACGAGGACCUGUCGGCGAUGUACAUCACGGACAAGCUGAACGGUCGCCCCAGGGCGCUGCACGACCACGCGCAGCUCGAGCUGUUGCUUGAGAGCUUCACGAAGCAGGUCGAGGAGAUCGUUUCCGAGAUCGACACGACAGCGGCAAAUAUGCAGAGCACACAGGAGAUUGCCGAGCUCAUGCUCGACUCGGGCCGCAACGCCCUCCUCGCCCUCGACAUCAAGGUCAGCAUUGCAACCCUCGGUAUUGGAACUGGAGCCCUGGUAGCGGGAUUGUUCGGCAUGAACCUGACCACGACGCUGGAGGACUCGCCGUGGGCGUUCGCCAUCGUCUCGGGUAUUACGGCCUUCAUCGCAGCCUGUGUGUUCGGAUACGGCUCGCGCGUACUGAGGAAGGUUCGACACAUCGCGCUUGUUUCCAAGCCGACCUCGCUGCCUGAGUCCGUGCGGGAGGCGAAGGAACGUUUCGUCCGAGAGCGCCUGGACAGGCAGCGUGCGAUGGAGGCCGAGCGCGAGCGCAUUGCGCGUGAGACACAGGCGCGCACACCGAACAACACGCUGCACAAGGUGAACCUGAGCCCGAUUCCGGACUAUGAGGAGCGGUGGACCGCCGUUCGCAUGGGACAGAGGAAGGAGGCGUCGCUCUGGGACCGUCUGUUCCGGCCAAAUAAGCUAAGGAAGCAGCUCCUCGGCAUGCCCUCUGGAGCCGUGACGGCGUCGAGCGUGCCGAGUUCCACGACGGGACCGAAGAAGGCCCAGCCUACGCCCGCUAAGGCUCCCACGCGCCCAACGACGAAGCCGGAGAAGCCCAGCGCGACCCGAGCACCGGCACUCCAGCCCGCCCCGGCCGCGGCUAACGCUGAAUCGAAGUAA